CGAAGUUUGUUUGCUUUUCGAAUUUUCAUGCAAUUAAUUUAUUACGUUUCUAUCCCAGGGAAGUAACAUGUCUGUUGCAAGGUUUUACCGCGAGGCUGGUCAGGUUAUAGACAGUGCUUUGGCCAAGGAAGGCUCCGUGAAGAAUCUUUGCCUUUCAUCAAAAUGCAGAAGAAAGAAAAAGCUUUACGCGAUCGUUCAUCAAACUCUAACACAUCGCCGAGAAAUAGAAGCCGUGCUGGAGGAAGCAAGCUGGACUAAGUUGGAACCAGAUAUGACCCAAGGCUUGUCAUGGGUGCUAGUUCACGAUCUCCUGUUUGGACCGGGUGUACAGUGUGGCGGUCAGUUGAAGGAGACAUUCACUGCGCACCAGACUUGUCUUGAGGAGGCGUAUGCAAGUGUGAAGGAGAGUUCCCCAUCAUUGGCACCUGUGGCAAGAGUGGCAAUACCACGACAUGCACGAAUCAACACAAUACUUACUAACCAUGCCGAAGUGCUAGAUGUGUUACGAGAUGAAGGCUAUGCCAUUGUUGACAAGAGAAAGAGCACCGAAGAAUCGCCGAGAUCUGCUGGUGAAGCAACUCCAUCAUGCUCAGUUGGCAAUGCCAUUCGACCAGAGCAGUGUGUCCUUGAUCCUCAUCUGGAUAAUGUGAUUGCGUUUGCACCGGGCACAGACCUGCAUGCCCAUCAUCUCUAUACCAGUGGUCACAUGAUCCUGCAGCAGAAGUCCAGUUGCAUGUCAGCGGCUGAAUUGAGUCCACCUGCUGGUGCAACGGUCAUUGAUGCGUGCGCUGCACCCGGUAACAAGACUACUCAUCUUGCUUCUCUGAUGAACAACACAGGGCGCAUCUUUGCCUUUGACAUCGAUCGCAAUCGCCUUACUGUCCUCAAGGAGACUUGUCUUCGUGCAGGUGCAACAUGUGUUCAUCCCAAGCUUCAGAACUUUCUCAAGACUGAUGUCACUGCAAAGGAGUUCCAAGCUGUCUCACACAUCCUAGUGGAUCCAUCAUGUUCUGGCUCUGGUAUGGUAGAUCGUCUUGAUCACUUGCUUCAUGACAGCAACGAGGAUGCGUCUGUUUUAGAGAACCGUCUCGCCAAGCUGUCCUCUUUCCAGCAGCAAGCAGUUUGUCAUGCACUCAGCUUUCCGUCGGUUAUGGAUGUUGUCUAUUCGACGUGUUCCAUUCAUGCUCAGGAGAAUGAAGAUGUAGUCACGGCUGUUCUGCGCAAGCAUCCUGACUGGCAUCUUGUGAAAGUUCUUCCCCAAUGGCCUCGCCGUGGCCUGGACUCGUACGAUUGUGGUCCGCUUUGUGUACGUGUUCUUCCGGAGGAUGGCACUAGUGGAUUUUUCUUGGCUCAUUUCCAGCGAUGUGCACCUUCAGUCACCGACACGCCCCUACAAGUAGAGGAGGCGGUAGAUUCCUCAAUGCAACUAUCAGCAAACGGGAAAGAUCGCAGCACCAAUGGUACAAGUAAUGCUUCAGGGAAGCUCUGGAAGCCUUCCUUGGCCUCCAGUACUGGUCCCAGCAAUUCCAACUGUCGGCAGAAAAGCAUAAGUGCAAAGAACCUGCAAGAGCGUCCCCCACUCAGUAAAGAUAAAUCUAGCAAGAGACAGAAAGUGACAAAGCGGAGAAUUCGUCGAAAACCUGUAACAAGUUAGUGCACUCAGAGAUUGCCGUGUGAUAUUUCAUGAACUUUCCAAAAGUGGCUUGUUGCUUUCACUUCAGCAAGUUGUAGUGCAUUGUCGGAUGGGCUGCUAUGGGACUGUAUAUUCACUAUUCACACGGCUUUUCCACCCCUGGACUAUUUGGACGUGCUUUGCAUUGUUCCAUUUUUGCUCCCAAAGCGGCGGCACAUGGUGGCAUGUCAGUUGGUAAAACCCACUCUGACCGCCCUUUCUGAACACAUAAUAAUUAUUAUUAUUAUGCUUCUGAAAACUGAGUUGCUAUGGCUCACAAGGCAAGGAUGAAGGCGUAAGUAACCUUCCAUUUGUUUCAAAAUUGGCCACAAACGAACCUGUUUCCUUUCGGAUCUAGCUUGGACAACACAACUGAUAUUCCUAUAUAGAGAGUGGCUGUUUUACAGUGUUUUCUCAUGACAAAGCUGACCCUAACCCACCCACCAAAGAAUUACAUGACUUCUUUUUUCUUUUUUUGUUGAAGUUUACAGAUCAUCCUGCUUGAGCUGUACAGGAAUUCUAUUUUCAUCUUAACAUUGACUUUGGUUGACAGAGCUAAGUAUAGCUACUGCUAAGUGAUUGAGGAACACACCAGUCUGCAUGGCUUCACAUGGAAACAAUGAGUUGA